GGACUCCCAGUGGCAGAUAUGGCUUCUUUGAUCCUCACUCCAGAAAAGAUGAUGGUUCAAAGAAAGAGCCUGGAACAGCUGUGAUGGUGACGUUCAAACAUCUCCAAGACAUGGUGAAUCGACUCCUCCGCUGCUACAGAGAGCAUGGCGCCUCAUCCACGACCCAGUAUGAGUUCAAACCUCUGACGUUUGUCAGCAUCAGACCUGCAGACAGAGUGCAAUCCGUGGAAAUGUGGUGUGUGUCCCAUCUGAGAUCCAGGAAACAGUUGAAGCUUUGCCCAGACUGAGAAGUGAAUCCCAGGUCAUGAGAGUGAAACUGAAGAGACGCCUGUGUUACCGAGGACAUCAGCUCUUCCAGACUGUCACCUGGUCUAAACUGAUGCAGGCCCUGCAUAAACUCAAACAGAUCCACCCACAGUAUUCUGAAAUCACUAUCAGAGAAGAAGCUGAGCUGUGUGACCCCACCCUGCCUGAUGAUGAUGAUGAUGAUGAUGAUGAUGAUGAAAGGAUGGAGGAGGAGUUUGAUGAAGCAGACUUGAUGGAGAUUGACAGGUUUGAGAAAGAUGCUCUGUGUGAAAAUGAGGCUGAGGAUGGUUUAGAUGUUCUGUCGUGUGAUGGUGAAGAACCAGAGAACAGACCUGAAGAACAGCAGGAAGGUGACAUGCCCAAUGGUGGCUUUGCUCUGGAAUCUUGUCUUCAGCCUCCUAAUGUUGCAGAGGAAAUCAUGUCUUUCAGUGAAGGAAUCUACUGUGUUGCUCCUGCUGAAAGAAACAGUCCAGUCGGCUUUUUUAAGACCCCUAAACUUGAGGCCAUGGCUUUCCCUGUACAGUUUCCUACAGGUCAAAACACCCUGGAUGAGAGCAGACGUGUCAAACUGUCACCCAGCAGUUACUUCAAAUCCAGACUUUUCUCCAUUGAUGACAGAUUUGCCAGAGACUCUAAUUAUUUGUUCUUUGCACAGUUUGUGAUUGAGGUUCACCUGGCUACCAACAGCAUGACCAUCCAGUUGAGAAAAGGCAAAGCCAUGACCAGAGAUGGACGAAAAAUAACCUCAGGGAUGCUGCAAGACAGACGUGAAGUAGAAAAACUUGUGAGAAACCGCGAGGCUUUUCGCUUCAUGAGAGCAUUACGUGGUACUCCGGCCAACUGGCACCAGAAAACCAGUGAACUGUUUGCCAUGAUAAGACAGCUGGGCACUCCCACCUUCUUUUGUACGUUUUCAGCUGCUGAGAUGCGAUGGCCUGAAGUGAUUGAAGCAAUCAAGAGACAACAAGGUGAGGAGGUGAAUUUUGAAGAGCUGGACUGGUCAGAAAAAUGUGACAUCCUGAGAAGUAAUCCUGUGACAGCAAUGCGCAUGUUUGAUAAGCGAGUGGAGGCCUUGUUCAGAGAUUUGCUGCUUUCGCCUGCUCAGCCACUGGGUAAAGUUGUGGACUUCUUUUAUCGAGUGGAGUUUCAGCACAGAGGAAGUCCUCACAUUCACUGCCUGCUCUGGGUUGAAGGUGCCCCUGUGUUUGAAAAGGAUGAUGAUCAGACUGUGUGUGAUUUUGUGUCCAGAUACAUCACAGCUCAGCUGCCUGACCCUCACACUCAACCCGACCUGUACAAGAAAGUCAGUGAAGUCCAGAAGCACAGUCAAACGUAA